AUGACUAGCAGAAAUAACAUCAACAACAAGANAACUAGCAGAAAUAACAUCAAUAACAAGAAUAAUAAUAAUGAUAUUAGUAUAACAAAUAACACCGUAUCCCCGUUAACAAUUAGUAAAAAUAAAACCUUCAACUCAUCACUAGACACAAGUAAUAAUCAAUCAGAAGCAGGAUGGACUGUACAAAGAUCUAAAAGAAAUCUCUCUAGUUCUACUAAUUCAGAACCAAACUCUCCACGUGUACAACCUCCCAAAACAAGAAAAAAAAUAUUCACUUCAGCAAAUCGUUAUGAAGCCCUCGCUUCAAACGAAGACCAACAAUCCAAUCAGUUAAAUGAUCAAUUCGAUUUCCCGCUCAAUGUUUCUACUGAAAACAUUACUACUGACAUGCAGACAGAGUGUAUUAAUAAUCCACCAAUUAAACCCCCUCCUCCGAUUUUUGUAAGAGGUGUCGAGGAUUUUCCAGAACUAUGCACAGUACUUGUAGAAUUAAUCGGUGUUGAAAACUUUGUCUGCAAAUCAUCUGCAGACAGAUUAAAAAUUCAAACUAGCACUCCAGAUGCAUAUAGGUCACUGAUACAUAUUGAAGGAGCAGCCAUUGUGGAAAAGAAAGACAUGGAGUGUUACUUACGUCCAGUUAAAACACGUAGAUUUAAAAAAGGUACAAUAUGCUUCUUCGGAAAAAAGAAUAAUUCUGGCACGAUAACUACAGAUAAUGGGCAAUGUUAUAAGUUCUAUAGAGAAGAUUUAAAUUUAGGUUUUGAUCGACCUUUUAAAUAUCCACAAAAAGUGAAAUUUGUUGUUGAUGAUACACAGCCCAAAUGGGCCUAUGAUGUAGAAAUAAUUGGAGACCCUUAUGUUCGAAGGUGCUGUUAUUGUUUAAAAGAUGAUCAUCUUGGUUUAGAAGACUGUAUGAAGUUACAGAUAGACUCUUAUAAUUUUUACUAUCCUUAUUUAUAACAUAACAAUACAAAACCAGCAGUUUGUAUUAUUUAUUCUGUUAAUGUUUCAAUUGAAUUUAUAAGUGCUUUAAAUUAUUAAUAAAACUUAUGUGCUAUAAAGUUAAUACUUAAAAAAUAAUGUAUUUUAAUAAUAUUCUAUGUUAUUUCUAAUUCGUGAUAAAUAUAUUGUCAUUAAUUAAAGAUUCUUAGAAACGCUUCGAUGUAAAUCUAUAGAUAGUGUUUAAAUCUAAGAAAUUGGUGGAUAAUUACAAAAGCAACAUGAACUCCUAUUUCUUUAAUUAUAUCCUGAUUAGUUUCUUUGAUUUAAAAAUAUAAUAUUUGAAUAAAUACUUGUUUAUUGAA